UGGCAACCAGCCAAGCUAUAGGACUUUACCAUUCCGUAAAUUUUAAGCAGGGGGAAGAUACGUUGUAUAAUUGCGCUCUUAUUAAAAAAGAAGUAACGACAAACUACUGUGCUGACCGCAGUUAUGUACAGAUUUCAGACAUACACAUACUUCGUAUCUUAUGUACUUUUCAUCUAGUUUUCCAUAGAUGAUUAAGUCUGCAUUUUUUCCAGACUAAACUUUGUUACCCUGUCGAUGGUGUGCUCUGGAUGAUGCGAAGGUUUUUGCCGGUUGCCCCCUUUGAGCUGUUAAAAAUGAAGUCUAAGCGUCUGUGCGCUGGAGACGGUUUAUGGAGGGCGACUGUAGAGCUGGGUUCUACAAGCAGUCUGGGAUUCUGUUAGCCACCUUAUAUGUAUAUAAAUAUAUUUUUUUAAUUUAGAAUUUUUUAUUGUUAAGUGAAGUAUUUAAACCUGGUGUUUAAAAAGUGUAUUUCCAUUAAUUAUUAUUUUAUUUGUACGUGUGAUCUGUUAAAUUUUGUAUUUUCUGAAGCGGGAAUUCAGAACGCUAAAGGUUCUAAAAAGUUUCUUCUACGCUGUUAAUAUAUAUUUAGAUUUCUUUUUUUUAUUGUGCAUUGUUUGGGAGAGGAGUAAAACUGUUUUAUUCUUGUAAGAAAAAACACAUAUAAUGUAUAAUACUCUCUGGAAUAUGGACCGGGACGAUGCUGACUGGAAAGAGGUUAUGAUGCCAUAUUCAACUGAACUGAUCUUUUAUAUCGAAAUGGACCCACCAGCUCUUCCACCAAAACCACCAAAGCCCAUGACCAUUGCAAAUACAAAUGGAGUUAAAGAGAUCUGCUCAUCUUUAAAUGAUGCUGAAUGGUACUGGGGUGAUAUCUCCAGGGAAGAGGUAAAUGACAAAUUACGGGAUAUGCCUGAUGGAACGUUCUUAGUUCGUGAUGCUUCAACCAAAAUGCAGGGAGACUAUACUCUUACAUUAAGAAAAGGUGGCAAUAAUAAACUCAUCAAAAUUUAUCAUCAGGAUGGGAAGUAUGGCUUUUCCGACCCCUUGACUUUUACUUCGGUGGUGGAGUUGAUUAAUCACUAUCGUCAUGAAUCUCUUGCUCAGUAUAACCCAAAACUAGAUGUGAAGCUGAUGUAUCCAGUGUCUCGAUACCAACAGGAUCAGCUAGUUAAAGAAGAUAAUAUAGAUGCAGUUGGCAAAAAGCUUCAAGAGUAUCACAGUCAGUAUCAAGAAAAGAGCAAAGAAUAUGACCGGCUGUAUGAGGAUUAUACAAAGACUUCACAGGAAAUCCAGAUGAAAAGAACUGCAAUUGAAGCUUUCAAAGAAACUAUCAAAAUCUUUGAAGAGCAGUGCCAUACACAGGAGCAGUACAGCAAAGAAUACAUAGAACGAUUUCAAAGAGAAGGGAAUGAAAAGGAAAUUGAACGAAUAAUGCACAACUAUGAGAAACUAAAGUCACGGCUUGGUGAGAUUCAUGAUAGCAAGACACGUCUUGAACAAGACUUGAAGAAACAGGCACUGGACAAUAGGGAAAUUGACAAGAAAAUGAACAGUACCAAACCAGAUCUCAUUCAGCUUCGCAAAAUCCGAGACCAGUAUCUUGUGUGGCUGAAUCACAAAGGUGUGCGGCAAAAACGAAUAAAUGAUUGGCUUGACAUAAAAAAUGACACCAUUGAUGAUGCAUAUUUUGUAAAUGAAGAUGAUGAAAACCUUCCACACUAUGAUGAAAAAACCUGGUUUGCCGGUGAUAUAAAUAGAACAGAGGCAGAAGAAUUACUUCGUGGAAAGUCGGACGGGGCAUUUCUAAUUCGUGAAAGCAGCAAAAAGGGUUGUUAUGCUUGUUCUGUGGUUGCCGAUGGCGAGGUUAAGCAUUGUGUGAUCUACAGUACACCACGGGGAUAUGGGUUUGCAGAACCAUACAACCUGUACAGCACCCUUAAGGACCUUGUCCUCCAUUAUCAACAGACAUCACUUGUCCAACAUAAUGACUCCCUUAAUGUCAGGCUGGCAUAUCCUGUCUUCGCACAGAUGCCCUCUCUUCGCAGAUAAACUUCAUGGAAGGGAACCUGUUAUUAUCUAGGAUUCCUUUUUAUAUGUAACAUUUUUUACUCUGAGGGCAUUCUUUCUACUUAGACUGCUUGUUUUGCACAAGAAGUGGUUAUAUGAAUGUGAAUUGAAUCACCUGACAGCAACAGAGCAGUUUUGCUGUUGGCGACCUGGUGCUACCAAAACUCCAGCUGUACUUUUCACAAUGACAUUAGUUUGGUUGUCUCACCAGUGUAGGUUUCACAAAAUACACCGAAAACUGGACUAUUGUUUUUAGUGGCAGAAUUUUGCCAGGUACCUACAGCAGAACUUGAAAAUCUGGAUUUUUUUUCUCUCCUUGUAGACUGUUCUAUUUGUGAGUUGUAAACAAGCUGUCCAGUCUUAAACUUAAACUACAGCUUAACCAAGGCAGUACAAAGGAAAGCUGACCCCAGUAUGGUCUUUGGUCAUUUUAGACUCGGCACUGCAAAUCAACCGGACUUCCAGGUGAGGGCUAGUUUUACUUUAAAAGUAAGAACAAAGACCAAAGGAGUCCAUAGAAAGAAAGCUUAUGUGUCGGAAGAAAAGCUGCUUUAUUUUGUAUCGACAGAAAACAAGCUUUUGGCUCGCACAGCACUAUUAAAUCUUCACUAUGGGAACUGUUUUAAACAAAUUGAAUCCACCAAAACUUUACUCCAUGCUUGACUAAGCACUUAAGAAGGAAAUGAAACCAUCGUGUUUUUAUCUGCAUGGACAUUUACACCAAAACAUAAAAGAAAUGGAAAGAUUUUCAUGGUUUGAAGAUAGCACCAGUCUUUGAGUUUCUACCACUACGCAUGUAACUUUGUCUUAUGGAUGCUUUACUCCUCUCAUUGUUUGCGUAGAUGUUAAACUUGACAAUGUAGGGUAUGAGGAAGGCAACAUUAGUUUAUUAUUUUCUUUGAUCUAACCUGCCCAUUUAUGAUCUGACCAUAAACCUAUUAAGUCGUAUUUUUUGAUGAUGCUUCUUGGUGGCUCAUUUUUCAGAUAUGCAAGUAGCACAGCUACAUUUCCUUAAGCUUUUCUGACAUCAGGAGAUUUGUAAAGUAAAUUUUGAUCUCUUGGUAUUUUCCCCAAGAACAGUUUUGUAUGUUAAUAAAUGACAUUUUCUGGUCAUACUCAAAAUUACUUUAUGUAUCUGGUGUUUGUAAACUGAAAUAGUUAAUGUGCACAUCUGAAUUCUGAUACUUUGGAUUUAUUUGUCAAUUUAAACAAGAAAAAAAAACAAAGGUUACUGUCCAGGCUAACAUGCCUUGUCAGCAACACAAGCCACCAGAGAAAGGAAAAAUUGUUAUGCAAGUGUUAGCAUGACUUUCACUUCCAUUGUAUGACAUUGUCAUUGAGUUUUGUGAAUGCAGACAUAAAAAAAAUCCCCUCAUUUUUCUUGAUUUUUUCUUGAUUGAAAUGUAAAGAGAGUUUUUCUACUUUCUGCUCUCUGUCACAGGUGUACUGCAUAAGUUUAACUCAGUUCAACUUUACAGAUUUUAAAAUAACCAUGCAUGUGUUUUGGAACUGUUCCGUAUAUUUUGCAGUCUCACUUACAGGAUCAUGUGAUUCUGGGCCAGUUUUGCCUACAGUGACAUUCAUAAAUGGUUUCUUUUCCGUAAAAGGUUCUUAAGGAUGUACACAGCAUAGAGUAGUAUAAGCCAUCCAGAAGCAUCUGUACAGCUCCUUGUAUUAAUUUCCUAAGAGUUGGACAUUGGCAGGUGUACGUUAAGAGUAAAAGUAAGGAGGAGUAUUUGUAAUGUCAUGGGCAAAGAAAAUGUUUUUCAUCUCUUAGGAUAAAUGCAUUUCUAAUUAAGUAACCAGUUGUGUAAUUGGAAAAGCAAUAUGUUUAAGCGGUGCAGAGUCAAACAAGUGACCAGUGUGGGGGUGCUUUACACAGCUUGUAUAUGUUUGUCGGAUUAAUCAUGCAGUUGAAAAUGUGUUGCUGCUUGUCAGUAAUCUUUGUUUAAAAAGUGCUUGUAAUGUCUUCUUACUUGUAUUGAUCCCCAAGGUUUUUCAGUUUUCUUUUUAUGAUAGUGCAGAGGCUGUGAAGGAGACUGUCUGUUAACAUUUGCACAACUUCAUGUCUUUAAUAUGAAUAGUAAUGUGUUUUCUUUCUUUUGGAAUAUAGCUAACAGAUGUUUACAGGCCCCAUAUUUCAUAUAUAGGUAUGUUGUAGAACUGUCAUUGUUUUGCACUAGGUUUUCUGAGUGAGUUCUCAGAUGCAGUUAAAUAAAACUGUUCUAAAUGCUGA